CAUUUCAACAAGGAAGCCCCACUCCGAAAGGGAUUUAACUUUCAUUAAAGCAGAGGGGGAACUCUAUUAGCCCGAUGCAGGAAGGUCCACAUCAUUCCUUCUUCUAAUCCCAGUGCGACGACUACUAGCCAGUUUUAAAAAUCCUUCUCCUGUUUAAUAUACAGCAAGUAUAAAAAUGACUGCUGAUGUACAACUGCCUCAGAUGCAUGUUUUUGAGAAGCUCAAGCAGAUCCCGCUUGUCGGUUAUGCUUGUAACACUUCUGCAGGAAUGUACAACAGAGUGAAGCUCAGCAACGGCCUGAUCACUUGGACGCUCAAUUCUGCCGAGGGAGCACUUGCCCUUACUCUGUUUGCAUUAGCACCGAUUGCCAAUCGUCUCAGGUCACCUAUAUAUGUUAUUGACAACACUCUGUGCAAAGGGAUUGAUGUGUUACAGGAAAAAGUCCCUUCUGUGAAAGAGGAACCCACCCAGAUUUAUGAGAAUGCCAAGACAUAUGUGACACAUACCCGGGCAGCAACAAAAAUGCAAGACUUGACUUUGAAAACUUGGGUUAAAGCUAAUGAAGUCCUCACAUCGACAUCAUGCGGCAACAUUGCUUUGAGUGGGCUGGACACUACAUCAAGCAUAGCCGACCAGUACAUCGAUUAUUUCUUGCCUGCUUCAGAAGGAGAAGAGAACCAGCAUCCUCAUCCAAGUUCUGAAUGUGACGACAAAGUCUUACACACAGUUCACACGGUCACAACCAUAUCCUCUAAAGUUGGAAAAAGGAUUUAUAAAACACUUAGCGAUCGUUAUUCAGGAAACAGUCAGGCACAGAGUAAUGAAAAUUCGCCCACCACCACCUUGGCUUCCUCGACUGAUUCGAGUGACAAUGAGGGAGCAGAAACUUCAAUGUCCAGCACUGAAUCAGAGUCCAAUGUCGAACCCACCGCACAAUAACGCAUUUGUCAAAAUUAAAGAUAAUUGAAUCUAUUUAAAUUAUGUAAACUAUCAUUAAUAUUUUUAUGGUUCAUAUUUUAUUGUUUAUUGUAUAAUAAUAUUUCUUUUUCUAUGCUUUUAUACUGUUUUAUUGAUUAAAUAGUGAUAUUUGAAAAUGUUGUGAAAUUGGUUUAAAGCUGAAUCAGACAAUCCUUGUGCAAUUUUUCAUUUUUAUUUAUUAAUGUAAUUACCAUCUGUACAAAUAAUAUACAUUAGGUAAAAAGAUA